AUGGCACAACCCCAGUACGGAAGGCGUCUGAUCCCCCAGGUCAUCGACGACACCGCGAGGACGGAACCCGACGCCGAGUUCUUCUCCGUCCCGCGCUCCUCCGACCCCGCUGACGGCUGGCGGCCCAUCACCUUUAAGCAGAUCGCCAACGCCGUCAACCGGAUAGCCCGGCGCAUCAUCGACAAGCGAGGCGCCCCCGCGCCCGGCACCUUCCCGACCCUCACCUACAUCGGCCCCAACGAUGCGCGCUACAUGAUCAUCACCGUCGCCUGCAUCAAGGCCGGCUACAAGGCCCUGCUCAUCUCCCCGCGCAACUCCUUCGAGGGCCAGAUGAACCUGUUUGAGCAGACCGACUGCAACAUCAUCUGCUUCGAUGCUGCCUUCAAGGACGUCGUCCAGCCCCUGCUUGAAGAGCGCCAGAUGGAUGCCAUCAUGGUUAGUUCUGCUGACGCCUGGUUGGCCGACGACGAGGUGCCACACUUCCCCUACGACAAGACCUUUGACGAGGCCAAGCACGACCCCGUCGUCGUCCUGCACACUAGCGGCAGCACCGGCCUGCCGAAGCCCAUCGUCGCCCGCGCCGGCAUGCUGGCCGUCGCCGACGCCUUCCACGACCUUGACGACUUCAUGGGCUCUGAAAACUGCGUCAAAUCCAUCAUGCACGGCUCCCGCCUGUUCCUGCCCAUGCCCCUCUUCCACGCCGCCGGCUGCUACAUGUCCACCUUCGCCACUGUCUACUGGCGCCGCCCCGUCGCCCUCGGCUUCACCGACCGGCCCCUGACGCCCCAGACCGUCAUCGACGCCGUCGAGCAUGCGGCCGUCGACAACGUCAUCCUGCCCCCCGCCAUCCUCGAGGAGAUGAGCCACAUGCCCGAGGGCGUCGCCGCGCUGAGGAGUCUCAAGCGCGUCAACUUUGGCGGCGGCAACCUGUCGCGCGAAGCCGGCAACAAGCUGGUCAAGGAGGGCGUCACCGUGGCCAGCGUCAUUGCCUUUACCGAGGCCGCACCCCUGCCGUACUUCUUCCAGAAGAACCCCGACCUCUGGCAGUGGUUCAUCAUCGACUCGGACCGCCUGGGCGUCGACUGGCGCCCGGCCAGCGGCGAGGACGACGACAUCUACGAGCAGGUCCUCGUUCGCAAGCAGCCCGAUGACCCCCUCCAGGGCAUUUUCUACACCUUCCCCGACGCCCGCGAGUACAACACCAAGGACCUGUACCGCAAGCACCCGACCCUGCCCAACCACUGGACCUACUACGGCCGCUCCGACAACAUCAUUGUCUUCUCCAAUGGCGAGAAGCUUAACCCCGUCACCAUCGAGGAGAUCGUCACGGGCCACCCGCGCGUCCGGGGCGCCGUCGUCGCCGGCGCCAUGCGCUUCCAGCCCCUCCUCAUCCUCGAGCCGGUCGAGCCGCUAACCUCGCAGGAGGACGUUGACGCCUUCAUCGACGACGUCUGGCCCCUCGUCGUCAAGGCCAACAAGGAGACCGUCGCCCACGGCCAGAUCGGCCGCGCCUUCAUCGGCGUCGCCAGCCCGGACAAGCCCUUCCCGCGCGCCGGCAAGGGCACGAUCCAGCGGCCCAUGGCCCUGAAGCUCUACAAGGACGAGAUCGACGCCUGGUACGACAAGGCCGAGGACGGCGCCGACUCGCUGUCGGUGCACGUCGACGUCACCUCCCAGCAGACCAUGAUCGACUCCAUCGAGCGCCUCUUCCAGCAGACCCUCGGCAGCCGCCCGCUGUCGGCCGACUCGGACUUCUUCAGCGCGGGCAUCGACUCCAUGCAGGUCAUCAACGCCUCCCGUCUCCUCCGCAAGGGGCUCGAGGCCGCCGGCGCCAGCAUCACCGCCGACGCCAUCGCCACCAGGGUCAUCUACGCCCACCCGACGCCCCGCCAGCUGGCAGCUUACCUCAUGGACCGCGUGAACGCCACCGCGACCGCGACCACCAACGGCAACGGCAACGACGACGGCGAGAACCACGACAUCCACGCCAUGGAGGCCCAGCUGUCCAAAUACACCCGCGACCUGCCCGAGAACCCUGUCGUCGCCGGCACCGCCAACAAGCCCCCGCCCGCGGAUCGCAACCAGACCGUGCUCGUCACGGGAACCACCGGCGCCCUGGGCUCCUACCUCCUCGACUUCCUCGAGUCCGACCCGGCCGUGUCCAGGGUCGUCUGCCUCAACCGCAGCGAGGACAGCGCGGCGCGCCAGGCCAAGAUGAGCGCCGACCGCGGCCUCGCGUCCACCUGGACCAAGGCCGAGUUCCUCUGCGCCGACCUGUCCAAGAGCACCCUGGGGCUCGCGCCCGAGGUCUACGACCGCCUCCUCCGCGACGCCGACCGCGUCAUCCACAACGCCUGGCCCGUCAACUUCAACAUCUCGGUCGAGACGUUCGAGCCGCACAUCCGCGGCGUCCGCCACUGGGUCGACUUCUCCCUGCGCGCCGCCAAGAACGUGCCCGUCGUCUUCAUCAGCAGCAUCGGCACCGUCGACACCUGGGCCGGCCCCGGCCCCGUCCCCGAGACCCGCCUGCUCGACCUCUCCCUGCCGAGCACGGGCUACGGCCGCUCCAAGCUCGUCAGCUCCCUCAUCCUCGACGAGGCCACCCGCCGCGCUGGCGUCCCCACCGCCGUCGUCCGCGUCGGCCAGGUCGCCGGCCCCGUCUCCCGCGACGGCGUCUGGAACCGCCAGGAGUGGCUGCCCACCAUCGUCGCCAGCUCCAAGUACCUCGGCGUCCUCCCGGCCGACCUCGGCGCCAUGACCACCGUCAACUGGACCCCGAUCGAGGGCAUCGCCCGCCUCAUCCUCGAGGUCUCGGGCGUCGUCCAGACCGUGCCCCUGCGCGACGUCGACGGCUACUUCCACGGCGUCAACCCGCGCACCGUCCCCUGGGCCGACCUCGCCGCCGCCGUCAAGUCCUACUACGGCGACGGCGUCAUCCGCGACAUCGUCCCCUUUGAGGAGUGGGUGCGCCGCCUCGAGGCGAGCGCCGGCGCCACCGACGACAUGGACCGCAACCCGGGCGUCAAGCUGCUCGACUUCUACCAGGGCCUGGCCGCGGCCGCGGGGCACGGCGUGGAGUUCUCGAUGGAGAGGACCGUCAAGAGCAGCAGGACCAUGAGGGAGAUGCAGGCUGUGACCCCGGAGCUGAUGCAGAACUGGUGCAGGCAGUGGGCGUUUUAG